AGUGUGGGUGUGUAAGAACUAGAGUACCUGCACUCAUCAGCUGACUCGAAGCUGUGCUAGGCAAAAUGUUUCCGCGUUCCAAAUAAGGGAAGUGAUGCAAAUAUACACAAGCAAGACCCAGUGGAAAGAAAACAAUCGCAGUGCUUGGCAUGCGGAAGAACCUUAUUGCGCAUUAGAUUACUGGGGUUCGCCGAUUCUGUCUCUGUGACCGUCUGUCUUUAACGUUGGCGACUGCAGCAGCUGAAGCACAACUCCGCGACCCCAAGAGGUUAAAAUGUCAACUUUACAAGACAUUUCACCAUCAAGCAGUAACAUGCAGGCGUCCAACUUUGCACACGUGAUCUUUCAGAAUGUGGCUAAAAGUUACCUACCAAAUACCCCUCUUGAGUGCCAUUACACUCUCACUCAGUAUAUCCAUCCAGACCAAAAAGAUUGGGUUGGUAUAUUUAAGGUUGGUUGGAGCACUCCUCGGGAUUAUUUUACGUUUCUAUGGUCACCCAUGCCAGAAAAAUAUGUGGCAGAGUCCACUUGUAACUGUGUGCUGACUUUUCAAGGAUACUAUCUUCCAAAUGAUGAUGGUGAGUUUUACCAGUUUUGCUAUGUAACAAGCAAAGGAGAAAUCCGUGGUGCAAGCACACCUUUCCAGUUUCGGGCAUCUUCUCCGAUAGAUGAACUCUUGACCAUGGAAGAUGAGGGGCAUUCAGACAUGUUGGUUGUAACUACUAAAGCUGGGCUUCUUGAGGUAAAAAUUGAAAAAGCCAUGAAAGAAAAGGAAGAGCUUGUAAAAAUAACAACUGUGCUCGAAAAGGAAGUGCUACAGUUGAGGGAUCAUGUGGAAAGCUUAGAAGGCGCACUUCUACGGGAGCAAAAGAGAUCUGAGCAGCUUACGUCAGAGCGAGAGGAACUGUUUAAUGCAUCAGAAAUCUUAAGAACUGAAAGUGAUGAAGCAAAGAGAAUAUAUAAGGACAUGUCAGCUAAACUUAUUCAGCUAGAAGAAGAUAUCAUAUCCGUGACACAGAAGGCUAUUGCAAAAGAAACUGAAUUGGACAGCCUGAAAGAUAUAUUAAAGAAAAUAGUAGUGGAGAAAGAACAACUGGAAUGUCAGUUGAAAUAUGAGAAGGAUGAAAAAGAACUCUAUAAGGUUCAUUUGAAGAAUACAGAGAUUGAAAACACUAAACUUCUAACUGAGGUCCAGACAUUAAAGAACUUGGAUACAAGCAAAGAAAAUCUCAUUGCCCACUACAAGGAAGAGCUUGGCAAGCUGCAGAUUUGUCUAGCUGAUACAGAAAAAAUAAAUAAAGAAUUUCUGCAGAAUUCUUCGAAUAAGGAGGAUAUCCCCUUUUUAAAGCAACAGCUACGAAAGUUGGAGGAUCAACACCAAGCCAGCAGACAAGAAGUUUCCUUUAUGUCUAAGGAAUUGAGUGAGGCAGUAAAUAAACGUGAUAAAACCAUGUCUGAUCUUCAUGCAGCUCGUCUUGACACAGACUGUGUGAGGAAGCAACUGGCUGAUGCUUUGGCUCAGCUUAGUAUUCGAGAUGAGCUGCACAAGUCCAACCCUUUUGUCAAAAAGGACCAGGGGAUAGAAAAUACAAGAGUGGAGCAGGAACUUCGCAAAGAGAUUGAAGACCUAAAGCUGAGAUUGCAGAUGGCAGCAGACCACUAUAAAGAUAAAUUCAAAGAAUGCCAGAAGCUUCAGAAGCAAGUAGUAAAACUCACAGAGCAGCUUAAAGCCUCUGAAAAUCAGCAGAAAGAAAGAGAAGCGUUUGGUAAUACAGAGGUUGCAACUGUUACUGUUCUGAAGCAAUGUAUUCCACCAGUGAGUCCAUUUACUUCAGAGACUUUACCCGAAUUUAACAUAAGAGAGCAAGUGCAGGAAAUGAGCUUAGAAAUAGCUGAAAAAACAGAAAAAUAUCGGAAGUGUAAGCAAAUGCUGGCUGAAGAAAAAGCGCGGUGCAGUGCUUAUGCUGAUGAUGUUGCCAAGAUGGAGUUAAAGUGGAAGGAGCAGCUCAAAGUCAAUGACAGCAUCAAGCGGCAAUUGAUUGCUUUGGAUGAUCAAUAUAAAGUGCAGUGUGCAGAGAAAGAUCGAGAGCUAUGCGACCUUUCUUACAGUAUUGAAACACUUCAUAAUGAAAAGGGAAAAAUGGAGCGAUUUAUAAAAGAACUUGAAAAAAAGCUGGAGAAACAAACAGACUGGGCUGCAAGUAACACCCAAGGCCUGCAGUUUUUUAAUCCAUAUUGUGACGAACAGAAAUUAGUUCCUGUCAUUCCAGCUCAGCAGCCUCUUCUUCAGUUUGGAAAUCCUUAUGCAUCUCAAGCAACUAGAGAUGGAGCAGAUGGAGCUUAUAACCCAGAUGAAGUCCAAGGACCUCCUAUUAGAGCUACCUCCUGGGGUCUCCAAGACAAGGUUGUCUGCAGUCAACCUGCUCGCAAUCUUAGCCGACCUGAUGGUUUGGAAGAUCCUGAUGAAGACAACGCAGGCCUAAUUACUAAGGUAGAAGAUGAAGAUGAUGAUGAUUAUAAUGUGAAUUUUGAACAAACCCCUGAUCCUACACACAUCAUCAUGCCUAACCAGUCAGGCUUCUGCUUCGAAGCAGGGUACACUAUAAAUAAGAAGUGCCCGCUCUGUCCACUGUCAUUUCCUCCCAACUAUGACCAGGGCCAGUUUGAGGCCCACGUGGAGAGUCACUGGAAAGUCUGUCCCAUGUGCAGCGAGCAGUUCCCUCCAGACUGUGACCAGCAGAUCUUCGAACGACAUGUCCAAACCCACUUCGAUGGCAAUGUCUUAAGUUUUGAAUAAAGUUGUAUGUUUGUAAUGUAGUGGUGAGGAGAUCACCUUAAAAACUAGAUGUGAAAUGUAGCUUAAAGCAUCACUUUGAAGAAGCUGCUUGGAAGUAGGGUCUCUCGUUACUUUCCCUUAAACAGACGGAAACUAUCCUUGGGCACCUCAUGCAAGGCAAGCAAUAUGGCAGUAUAUUCUAUAAUGGGUGCAACAGAUGCCUGGUCCAGUUGCUGUUACUAUGCUGUAGUUAUUUGAUCUGAGUAGACAUUUAUAAUAGACUAUAGUUGUGCGAGUCACUAUUCUAAUACCUGUCUGUUUACUGGAGAGUGGGAGAACCCACUUACAAACAAGGAAGAGGGGUUAAUUUUCCUUAAGGAAUGCUCUGCAAUGAUUUCAAUAUAAUUUCUUGCUUCUCUUAAGGGUAAGAUAGAUUUAACCCAGUUUUCAUUUGCAGUUAAUCCAUUAAAGACAGAAGAGGCCACAGUAUAAGGGUUGGGGCAGACGGGGAGAUUUAGUCGCCUCUUCUGCGUGGCGACAAUCUCCCCGAACUGCCUUCCAUUUGUUU